AUGGAGUAUUCCACAUCCGAAGCGAUGACAGACGUAGUGCAGGGCCUCAUAAGCGAGCGAAAUCGCGCGAUCUUUGAGGCCCGGGCGCGGCAGCAGGAGAGAGCAGUGACGCGAGAUGUUGUGCGGGAGCAGCGGAAUCAGAUUCAGUCCUUGCAGAAGGAACUGAAGCAGCUUUCGCAGAACUUCAGAGAGGUCUGUGCGAGGCGAGAUGCUGCGCAGGCGGAGAAACAAAAGGAAGUGGAGCUGCUGCAGGAGGAGUCGCGCCGCAUCCUCAUUCAAAGCGUGCGAGAGAAGACGGAGUGGCAGGAGAGGGCGCAGCGCGCUGAGGAUGAUAUCCUUCAAGUCACGGAGGAGAAGGAGAGGUUGCGCGACAAGAUCGGCGCGUUCCAGCAGCUCGAGGCGGAUCUGAGGAGCGAGCUGGCGGCCGCCGCACAGACGCAGGAGGCGCUUGCGGCGCAGCUGCAGGAACAGAGCAAAGCGUUUGAGGCCGUUCAGGCGAUCGCCUCCGCCGUUCAAUCCUCGUCCUCUCUCGACGCGCAAGAAGCGCUGAAAGGUGAUCAGGCCGCGCGGAAGCAGCAGGAGGCGCGCAUCUUCGAGCUGGAGAAGCAACUCGUGGAGGUCGCCACGAGGCUCUCUGCAGAGCGAGAGUCCAGCAGACAACUUCUGAAGCAACAGGAGGAUGCCUUCGCGAUGCGCCAGGGCGACUUGCAGAGGCUGCAUCAAAGCGAGAAGGCUGCGCUGACGCAGCAGCUCGAAGCGGCUCUCCAGGAGACCGAGAGAGCGAAACAGGCGGCGGCCGAACUUGCAGAGGCUGCGAAGAAGGAAGUCGAGGCAAAGAAGGAGACCGAUAAGCAGCGCACGCUGGAGGAUUUCCGCAAGAAAAUGAACGAGGAAGGCGCUUCCGCGAGGGCCCAAUUCGAAAAGAAAUUGCACGAAGAGGAGGCGCGGUACCGAAGGGACAUCGACGAACUGCGACAGACGCUUGAGAAGGAGAGGCGAGAGUGGAUCAUGCAGAGCGCGGAAGAAAAGAAACAGGCGAAGCAGGAGCUCAGGCAGACCCUGAGGGCGGAACUCGAGGCUGAGAUCCGCUGCGCCGGAAGCCAGGCGAGUGAGGAGGAGAUCCAGAAAGUACGCAAAGCGGAAACUCAGCUCAAGAUAGAGAACGCGAAGCUCCAGAAGGAGAAGGAGAAGCUCGAGCAGGAAAUCAAGCAAGGGCAGCAGCAGAGGGAGGACGAAUUGAAGAAGGAGCGCCAGACGUUCGAAGAGAAGAUAAACGAGGUGGAGCAGGAGAAGCGACGCCUGCAGAAGCAGCUCGACCUGGUCGCCAAGGGAAAAGAAGACAAGGAUGCGCGCACGGAAUCGCUGCAAAAGCUUGGAGAAAAGAGACGACUCAAAUCACCAGUUGGGGAGCUGCAGCAGGGGACGGAAGCCCAGGACGACGAAGCGCAGGGUGAUGCCUCACAAAACGCCUCGCACCAGGCGGCGGCGAAGCGGCUUCAGGGCGACAGUUCCACAGCGGAGGCGCUGAGGUCGCAGGUGGAAGCUCUCGAAAAACAAAACAGAGCGCUGCAAGAACAAGUCAGCAACCUCGAGCAGGAGGCGAAGACACUUCGAGACGACAAAAGGCAGUUGGAGGAAGACAAACAGACGCUUGAGAAAGAGAAUUUGGCGGUGCAGAGUGAGAAUGCGCGUCUGCUGGAAGAGCUCGGCGAAGACUUAGCGAGCACAACCGCCAGCGACGGCGACGCACAUGCAGCUGGCAAAGCGAAACUGCAGGCCGACAAGCUGAGGGCGGAGCUCGAGACGGCGAAGGCGGAACUGGCAGCGAUGAAAAAGAAGUUGGCGGGAGACCAGGACAAGACGAACACGCCUCAGGAGGGUGGGCACAGCCAGGUGCCCACGGAGGUCUCGACGCUUGGGGGCGAGGAUGAAGACGAAGGCGACCUGUCGAAGAUGGAGAACGAGGAGCUCGUCCGCAGGCUGGAAGCGAAAACUGAGAGAUUCGCAGAAGCCAAGAAAGUCUACGUGGCUCUCGUUGAAAAGCACAACAACCUCGUCCAGAAAUACAACAGGCUCCUUGACGAACGGCAAGCGGGACGCGCGAGCAAGCACUCGACAAUGACGCCUGGGACGGCACCCAAGCCUGAGGAGCAGCAAGCUGAAGAAGAAAGCACGGAGAACACGGGGGAAUCCGAAGGAGGGUUUUUCAGCUUCUUCUGGUAG